CAUCACCGCCGCUCGUACAUAGAUGCCGCGCCUUGUAUGAGCUGCGACCAUGCAUAUCAAACAGAUCAUUAUCCAGGGCUUCAAAAGCUACAAGGACCAGACCGUCAUUGAGCCUUUCUCGCCCAAGCACAAUGUCAUAGUUGGUCGCAAUGGCUCCGGAAAGAGCAACUUCUUCGCCGCCAUCAGAUUCGUCCUGAGCGAUGCAUACACACAGAUGGGUCGCGAAGAGCGACAAGCUCUUCUUCACGAAGGUUCGGGUUCGGCAGUCAUGUCGGCCUACGUAGAGGUCAUCUUCGACAAUACCGAUGGCCGUUUCCCCACUGGAAGAGAAGAAUUGGUCCUACGCAGGACGAUCGGUCAGAAGAAGGAUGAAUACUCGCUCGAUCGCAAGAAUGCCACCAAGGCCGAUGUCAUGAACCUCCUCGAAUCUGCUGGUUUCUCGCGCUCCAAUCCAUACUAUAUCGUUCCUCAAGGACGUGUCACCACUCUCACAAACAUGAAGGACGGCGAACGUCUGAACCUGCUCAAGGAAGUCGCUGGUACUCAGGUCUACGAAUCGCGCAGAACCGAAUCUUUGAAGAUUGUCACCGACACAGACAACAAGCGCGCCAAGAUUGACGACCUCCUUGCCUACAUCCGCGAACGUCUAGGCGAGUUGGAAGAGGAGAAGGAAGAACUCAGGGCAUACCAAGAAAAAGACCGCGAACGACGUUGUCUCGAGUACGCCAUCUACCGCAACGAACAAGAGGAGGUCGCAGACUGGUUGGCCAGAAUCGACGAAGAACGCCAGAACGACGUUGUUGGAUCAGAUGAGCACAGCCAGGACUUCCUUCAGGGCGAAGAGGACUUGAAAGAGAUGGAUAGCCAGAUCAGCCGACUGAAGCAGCAGAUUGACUUUUUGAAUCUGGACAGACAGCAACUCGAAGACGAGCGCAAGGAGGCUUCUCGUGAAAAGGCAAAGGUCGAACUGGACGUCAAGGCUCUUACAGAUGGGCAAUCUUCCGCCCAGGCCGCGAGAACUCGUCACGCCAAUGAUUUGCAACAAGUUCGUGCUCAAAUCGAGCAGCGUGAAGCAGAGUUGGCCCAGAUCCUUCCUCAAUAUAACGCUCAGAAAGAACAGGAGGCCGCCAUCAAGAACCAGCUCGCCGAGGCAGAGGGUCAACGCCAAAGACUGUAUGCUAAGCAAGGACGUCAGACUCAAUUCCAGAGCAAGCGCGACAGAGAUACUUGGCUGCGCAAGGAAAUCGCCGAAAUCAACGUUGCCUUGGCCACGAGGAAGGCCAUCGCUAUGCAAGCAUCAGACGAUGUCGCAGAGAUCGAGGAUGAGAUCAAGGCACUGGAAUCGGAGAUCGCAGAGUUGCGGAGCCGCAUUGACAAUCGUGGUGACGAGACACAGAGCAUGGCAGCCGACGUACAGAAAGCUAAAGAUGAGCGAGAUCGUCUCAUGGACCAGCGCAAGGAGUUGUGGCGCGAAGAGGCCAAGCUUGACUCAGUCAUCACCAAUGCUCAGCAAGAGCUUGAGAAAGCGGAGCGUUUCCUCUCACACAUGACAGACCAGAACACAAGUCGAGGACUGAAGGCCGUCCGUCGUAUCGCUCGCGAACACAACAUCCCUGGUGUAUACGGUACCCUUGCUGAGCUGUUCGAGCCUACGUCAGACCGCUACAAGACUGCCAUCGAAGUGACUGCCGGAAACAGUCUUUUCCACUACGUAGUCGACACCGACGACACAGCUUCGAAAGUGCUAGAGAUCUUGCAACGAGAGAGAUCAGGAAGAGUCACAUUCAUGCCGCUCAAUCGUCUGCAACCAAGACCAGUCAACAUUCCCAACGCGGCUGAUGCUGUACACCUUCUGACAAAAAUCACAUACGAGAAGAAGUACGAAAAGGCUUUCGAGCAGGUCUUUGGCAAGACCAUCGUCUGUCCCAACCUUGCAACCGCUUCACAGUACGCUCGCAGUCAUGGCGUUUCAGCCAUCACACCAGAAGGUGACCGUGCAGACAAGAAGGGUGCUCUGACUGGUGGUUUCCACGAUCCUAGAUCAUCACGUCUGGAUGGUGUGCGACAGGUUCAAAACUGGCGCACGGAGUACGAGAAGCAUCGCAACCGUGGUGACGAGAUCCGUCGUGAGCUCGAGGCACUCGAUCAACAAGUUACAAGAGCUGUCAGCAAUCUUCAGAAGAUUGACCAGAAGCGUCUGCAAACAGAAAACAGCUACGGCCCUCUACGCCAAGAGCUCCGCAACAAGACCAAUUCACUGCAAGCCAAACACGAAGAGCUUGAGAAGAAGCAACGCUCUCGCGACAAUGUUGAGCUUGCAGCGAGACAACUCGGAGAGCAAGGUACUGCUUAUGGAACCGAGUUGACCACAGAGUUCAGAAAGGCACUUUCAGCAGACGAAGAGCGCCAGUUGGAGACACUCAGUACAUCCGUGCAGAACCUCCGUAAGCAAUUCUCAGAUUUGAGCUCAACUCGUUCCGAGCUUGAAGGUCGCAAGGCAAGUCUGGAGGUCGAGCUCCGUGAGAACCUUCGUCUCCGUCUUGACCAGCUCCAAGCCCAAGAUGCUGAACUUGGCGCUGGUGGUGUUGCAGGUGGCAACGCACGUCUCGGCGAGAGACAGAGAGAACUUGAACGUGCAGAUGAAGCUUUAUCGAAUGUUAUGAGCAAACUCGAAGAAGCAGAAGCGUCACUCGAACAAGCACAAUCUCAACUCACAGAGGCAAACACAUCCCGCGAAGAGAAGCAACGCCAGCAAGAGGAGCUUGCCCGCUUCAUCUCCAAGAAGAAGAGAUCGAUGGAGAAGAACACUGCCAAGCGCGCCACUCUCAAGGAGAAGGAAGAGGCUGUUGGCAUUAGCAUCCGCAACCUCGGCGUCCUCCCCGAGUCCGCCUUCCAAGAGCCCUACACCAGCAUGAAUUGGGACAAAGCAGCCAAGAAGUUGAACAAAGUCAAGAACCUUCUCAAGGGUUACGGUCAUGUCAACAAAAAGGCUUUCGAACAGUACAACUCCUUCACCCGCCAACGUGAGAGUUUGGAAACACGUCGCAAAGAGCUCGAAAACUCACUCUCGAGUAUUCAAGAACUCAUCGAUGUGCUUGACCAACGCAAGGACGAAGCCAUCGAGCGCACCUUCCGCCAAGUCAGUAAGGAGUUUGCACGCAUCUUUGAGAAACUGGUUCCAGCCGGAAAGGGACGCUUGGUCAUCCAACGCCGCACCGACCGCAUCGCCCGUGGCGAGAACGAAGAGGAAGACAGCGGUGAAGAUGGCGAAGGCAGAAAAGAUGGUGUCGAAAACUACACAGGUGUCGGUAUCAGUGUCAGCUUCAACAGCAAACACGACGAACAACAACGUAUCCAACAACUCUCCGGUGGACAAAAAAGUCUUUGCGCCCUCGCCCUAGUGUUUGCAAUCCAAGCCUCAGACCCAGCACCCUUUUAUCUCUUUGACGAAAUCGACGCAAACCUCGAUGCCCAAUACCGUACCGCUGUCGCGCAAAUGCUGUCCGAGUCAUCAGAGAGUGGACAAUUCAUUUGCACAACAUUCAGACCUGAAAUGUUGCUCGUGGCGGAGAAAUGCUACGGUGUUAGUUAUAUUAACAAGACCAGUAGUAUUGACGUGGUUAGCAAGGAGCAGGCUUUGGACUUUGUCGAGGGUCAAGUCAGUGGAAAAUAAGGAGGUGGUUGAAGGGGAGGGAGUGGUGGGAAGAUGGGAGCGUGGCGUUUUUCAUUCAUUUUUUUUCUUCUACUUUGCUGUGCUUUCUGAGGUGAAGGAUGGCAUGUGUUAUACUGUCGAAUGUAUUUAUUGCUGAAGAUUGCAAGCAUAGCAGGCCUGUUCUGCUUAAUCGUCUCGUUUGUUCUGUCACUGUCCACCGCUUUUCUGGCCACGGUAAAUAGGAUAUUGGUAGAGAUGUGCACUUGGC